AGUUGUUCAUAGAACUCCGUAGAUGGGGUUGGCUACUCUUCGACGAGACUUGGUGACAGUAGAGUGUACAGUGCACAGUUCCUAACCUGCAAACGUUAACCUGUCAAAAUUGUUUAAACCGUAAUUUCCAUUGGACGGGGACUUUGUUCGUCGUAUAUUUAGGAGACAGCGAUCAAAAAUGAAAUUCAGAUUUCUAGGCGACGGAGACUGUCCCGAUUGGCUUUUAGCAGAAAUCAACACGUUAUCGCGCAUGACAUCAAUCAAAAUCAAACUAUUAGGGCAAACCGUUGCAAAAUAUUUAACGGAAGGAGAACUCGACGAAGAGAAAAUUAAAAAGAUCACUCAAGACGCUAAAGUUGAAUUGGACGAUGCAAAGGCUAUGGUGGCGGCCCUUGAAUUGAUCUUCACGUCGUCUGCGCGACACGGAGUUUCCGCGGCUGAUUUGAGUAGCGAAUUGCAACAACUUGGCCUACCUCGAGAACAUAGCGCCGCGCUUGCUAGACUGCAUACGGAUCAUUGUCCUCAAAUCACAGUUGCUUUAUCUUCGCAGUCUUUGAGGGUGAGCAGAUUGUCGUCGAUCGAAGUCCUACCUUGCGACACUUCCUCGCCGUUUUCCACGAUAUCCUUAAAAUUGAAGAAAUUGGAUGGCACCGGUGAAGAUUCUACUAUCAACAUUUCGAAAGAUGAUCUACAAGUUUUGCUGACAGAAUUACGGAGGGCAAAGUCGUUAAUGGACAACCUUUAAAUAUCUAUUAUUAAGAUGCCGUACCAUAUAUUGUACUCUGCUGCUGAGUAAUGCAAUUUAUUAUCAAUUAAAAUAACACUCAGAGACGUA